AGGAGCUCAGAGCGUAGGGAGGGGGCGGACCCUUGCUCCUCCGGCGCUUGGGCCAGAGUGGUGCGGGCUGCGUGUGGUGGCGACCCCCACGUGGUGGCUUUCUUACGCUAGCCCUCUUUGGUCCUCCUUAACGUCCCGGGCCUGUGGGCCCGCUUCCUGCCGAGAUGCCGAAGAUCAAGUCAGGGGCCAUCGGCCGCCGCCGCGGGCGGCAGGAGCAGUGCCGGGAGCUGAAGAGCGCUGGAGGACUCAUGUUCAACACGGGGAUUGGGCAGCACAUUUUGAAAAAUCCUCUCAUUAUUAACAGCAUUAUCGAUAAGGCUGCCUUAAGACCAACUGAUGUAGUGCUGGAAGUUGGACCUGGAACUGGCAACAUGACUGUAAAGUUGUUAGAAAAGGCAAAAAAGGUUGUUGCUUGUGAACUGGACCCAAGGCUAGUAGCUGAACUUCACAAAAGAGUUCAGGGCACGCCUGUGGCCAGCAAACUUCAAGUACUGGUGGGUGAUGUGUUGAAAACAGAUUUGCCAUUCUUUGAUACUUGUGUGGCAAAUUUGCCUUAUCAGAUCUCUUCGCCUUUUGUCUUCAAGCUGUUGCUACAUCGACCUUUUUUCAGGUGUGCUAUACUUAUGUUUCAAAGAGAAUUUGCCCUCCGACUGGUUGCAAAACCUGGAGAUAAGUUAUACUGCAGACUCUCAAUUAAUACACAGCUGUUGGCACGUGUGGACCAUCUAAUGAAAGUUGGAAAGAAUAACUUCAGACCACCUCCCAAGGUGGAAUCCAGUGUUGUAAGGAUAGAACCUAAGAAUCCACCACCACCCAUCAAUUUUCAGGAAUGGGAUGGUCUAGUAAGGAUAACCUUUGUUAGGAAAAACAAGACACUCUCUGCUGCAUUUAAAUCAAGUGCAGUGCAACAACUCUUGGAAAAAAACUACAGAAUUCACUGUUCAGUCCAUAAUAUUGUCAGUGCUGCUGUGUAUCCUGUGAAACAGAUAUGAGCAACUUUGAUUACUCCACCCUGUCAUCUAACUACUGACAGUUGUUUUUAGCCAUAACAAGAAUCAGAUUCAGCAGUUAGUUUCCUUAAAGCUGUAGAUAUGUGUAGCUUGCACAACUUAAAAUAAUUGUGUACAAUUUACUGUCCUCUGAAUUGUGACCAUGUCUUGUUUCUUGCUCACAUAGCAGUUACAAAUACAGUUAUUACUUUCUUUGUAAGUUUAAUACCCAGAAAUUGAAAUAGAAUAAAGUUCAUAUGGCUCAAUAGCAGAUUUCUGGUUGUGAGCCUCAUGCUUAUCAUUUGUGUAACAGUGUGUGCAAUGUAAUGUUUGCUAACUUUUUAGCUUCCAGUUUAAUUAGACAGAACAGAGAGAGAUAAAGGCCAAUUUUCUUUUUAUUUUUUAUGACUCAGAACCUAUAUGGUUUAAUGUAUCACAGUACUAUCUCCAUUUUCUCUUUUAUGGGCAAAAAGUCAUUAGGUAAUCUGCCUAAGUAUAAUAGAAAAAAAUUAAGCUAGAUUAAGAAAAAUAUUUGGAUAAAAUAUGUGAAUUAAGUGUAAAAUCCUUAAUAUUCCCAAGGCUUGGGCAGGUCACCUCUCUGAGAAAAAUGAGGUGGUUAAGGUCAAAUCUGUAGGAAGAAAAUGCAUUAUUUUGAAAGGAGUAACAGUUGCUUUAAAAUUUAAUUUACAAUUUUAAUUAUUUGUGAAGUCUGAAACUAAUAACUAUUUCAGAAUUUUAAAGAAGAAAAUGGCUAAUAUAGACAGGAUUACUAAUUCAAGGUAUUCCAGGUUUUUGUUAAUAAAGAUCAGCCACUUUUAAUUAGAGAUCCAAGUCUUAUGUAAAAAUCAGGCUUUCCAAAGUCUCAUUAACAGAUAUAUUAAAGGUGACUAUAUUAUGACUUAUUGAACUAAAAAAAAGAGUCAAGGUGACCUCAUUAAAGAUAUGUCGUUCAUUUAUUCUGAAU